CUCAACUCUAGCAAAGUUAAAGCAUCCUUAAGAGAUAGGUGUCGGGGGUGGAGGUAACAUGUAUUGGUGACACGGGCAUGGAGAACGCGCCCAAGUUCACACAGCGUGUGAAAAGAAGCAGGCAGGGAGCCGGCCCUUUGCUGUGGAGUUUACAAACUCAAAUUGAAAUUAUUCCAUGCAAGAUCUGUGGAGACAAAUCAUCAGGAAUCCAUUAUGGUGUCAUUACAUGUGAAGGCUGCAAGGGCUUUUUCAGGAGAAGUCAGCAAAGCAAUGCCACCUACUCCUGUCCUCGUCAGAAGAACUGUCUGAUUGAUCGCACCAGUAGGAACCGCUGCCAGCACUGUCGUCUGCAGAAAUGCCUCGCCGUGGGGAUGUCUCGAGACGCCGUGAAGUUCGGGCGGAUGUCGAAGAAGCAGAGAGACAGCUUGUACGCAGAGGUGCAGAAGCACCGGCUGCAGCAGCAGCAGCGAGACCACCAGCAGCAGCCUGGGGAGGCCGAGCCGCUGACGCCCACCUACAGCAUUUCGGCCAACGGGCUGACGGAGCUGCACGAGGACCUCAGCACCUACAUGGACGGGCACACCCCCGAGGGCAGCAAGGCCGACUCAGCCGUCAGCAGCUUCUACCUGGACAUCCAGCCCUCCCCGGACCAGUCGGGGCUGGACAUCAAUGGUAUCAAACCCGAGCCCAUCUGUGACUACGCACCAGCAUCCGGCUUCUUUCCCUACUGUUCCUUCACCAACGGAGAGACCUCCCCGACCGUGUCCAUGGCAGAGCUAGAACACCUUGCACAGAAUAUAUCCAAAUCACACCUGGAAACCUGCCAGUAUUUGAGAGAAGAGCUCCAGCAGAUCACGUGGCAGACCUUUCUACAGGAAGAGAUUGAGAACUAUCAAAACAAGCAGCGGGAGGUGAUGUGGCAGUUAUGCGCCAUCAAAAUUACAGAAGCGAUACAGUACGUGGUGGAGUUUGCCAAACGCAUUGACGGAUUUAUGGAACUAUGUCAAAACGAUCAAAUUGUGCUUCUAAAAGCAGGUUCUCUAGAGGUGGUGUUCAUCAGAAUGUGCCGUGCCUUCGACUCUCAGAACAACACCGUGUACUUUGACGGGAAGUACGCCAGCCCUGAUGUCUUCAAAUCCUUAGGUUGUGAAGACUUUAUUAGCUUUGUGUUUGAAUUUGGAAAGAGCUUAUGUUCUAUGCACCUGACCGAAGAUGAAAUUGCAUUAUUUUCUGCAUUUGUCCUGAUGUCAGCAGAUCGCUCAUGGCUGCAGGAAAAAGUAAAAAUUGAAAAACUGCAACAGAAAAUUCAGCUAGCUCUUCAACACGUCCUACAGAAGAAUCACCGAGAGGACGGAAUACUAACAAAGUUAAUAUGCAAGGUGUCUACGUUAAGAGCCUUAUGUGGACGACACACAGAAAAGCUAAUGGCAUUUAAAGCAAUAUACCCAGACAUUGUGCGACUUCAUUUUCCUCCAUUAUACAAGGAGUUGUUCACUUCAGAGUUUGAGCCAGCAAUGCAAAUUGAUGGGUAAAUGUAUCACCCAAGCACUUCUAGAAUGUCUGAAGUACAAACAUGAAAAAGAAAAGAAAACAAAAAUUAACCAAGACACUUUCUAUGGCCCUGCACAGCCCUGGAGCGCCAACACACUGCACAUCUUUUGGUGAUCGGGGUCAGGCAAAGGAGGGGAAACAAUGAAAACAAAUAAAAGUUGAACUUGUUUUUCUCAUGCAUAUGAUUUCCAUUAUGCCUACAGAUAUGGACCCUUUUUCUGUCUCAACUUCUUGAGUGCUGACCUGUUUACAACAGAAAGAGGGUACUAAGUCAGAGGAUUCCUUUUCUUGUAGUUCACUGCCCACAGACUUUCUGCAGAGUCCUCAGUCUGUCAGUUCCAGCAUGGCGCCCAGCGGUGGUCGGUGAUGGUGGGCAUGGCAGAGCUUGUGGCAUUACUUUGCCAUCUUUGUCUCAUGAAGGAGGUCUUUGUUUUCUCACCGAAUACUGCCAGUCAGCAGGGUGGCACGAAAAGGGUCCAUAGCACUAGCAACAAUAGCAUUAUAAUAUAUUACAGGGUAAAUGGGCAUGAAGACUAUAUAUAGCUAAAAGAGAUAUUGUUUAUAUAUUGUUUUAAUUAAUAUAAAAUGUAGUUCCUGGUGUAGCUUCUCCUGUUGAAUUGAUAAGGCACUUUCAUUUUGCACCUUUUUCUUUAAAUUAAAUGCUAGCGUGUUCACUGUCGUGUCGCAUGUGCACCAGAAACACAAGUUUAACUGAGAAGGCUCGGAAGGUACGUCGGGAGGUAUUUAUGCUGCUGUUUACAAAAUUACUUUGAAAAGACUGGCUGGUCAUAUCUAGAAAUCAACAUGUUGGACUUUUUUUUUUUUUUCCACAUGUGAAUUUGAAAUCCGAAACAACUCUCCCUAAAUUAUAUUUUGCUUUUUGGUAAGUUUAAGGACAGAUGUGUUUAUGCUUCAUACAAAGCUGAAUGAUUGGUGCUGUGGAUUUCAACCAUCAGGCACAUUUUUAAAAUUUUUUUUAAAAGGCUUUUCAAAAUGCCACCUUUGGGAGGCCCAUUUUACACAAUUCAGUAGUCAUCUGGAUUGAGUCCAAACUUGGAAAUAAAUCAGUAACCAGAAUAUUUACUGGAACCUAGCUUUUAUUGUAAGAUUCUAUCUGUAGCAGGCACACACUCCCCACGUGAGGACAUGUUGCAUUCUUCCAAUGCUGAUGUUCUUGGUAUAGCCUAGGAAUCUUACGCAUUUAUCUCAGAGUGAUCCGAUUCUAGACUAGUCCCCACAUGCCGCUAUUCUAGAAUAUUGCUCUCCAUAUUUGGUGGACGACGGAUAGGACAGUGAGGGAGGCAUACAACGUUGAACCAGUUUCUCUUAUUUAAUAUUAAAUAUUUUAAGCCUUUAAAGUGAAGUUGACGCUAGCUGCAAACAUUUACUCUUGUAUUUAUCUUCACUAGAAAACUGUGGAUUGUAAUUUAUUUAAUUAAAUAUUUAGAAGCUUGUUUGGCUUUUGUGUUCAGGUGAGAAAUACUGAGUUAUUUCUGUUGAAUGUCCUGUUCUUUUUUUAAUUGUCCCCAGUGGGGAAGGGCAAAGGAACAGUGUAAUGUACAAGGGCACAUAUUUUGAAAACAAGUGACCUUUGGGGGAAUGUAGGCAUUUAGAUUUUCACACCCAGAAUGGGAUUCAAACUGCUGGCCUGACAGCAAAGACCACGUUUGUAAGGAAGAGAGAGUAUCUUCCGUGGUGUGAAGGUGGGAGUUUACGAGAAGCGCAUACAUUCAGAGCCUCCUCUGCCACUAGGGACCCCCGGAAUCUUCCGCAGGAACCGCGGCGGCCCCUGCUGUCGAGCUGGACUACUAGGACCAGCUUCUCAGAGCACUUUACUCUGCUUUGCAUCCCACUAAUUUCCUGACUUGUUUCCUGAGGCACUGGGAGGAGAAGGAAUUACACAGAAGUGUGUAUGAAGCCUAAAUAACAUCCGCAUUUUUUUUCAAAAGAUAAGGGUUUAACGGUAAAUAGAAGAUGAGAGUAAUAUUUACUUAAAUUUCUUACAUAUAAAAUUUUAUGUGAGUGUUUAUAUAGAGAGGUUAACUGUCAGCAUAUAGUAUUUAUAUUUGGGCAAAAAGGGUUAAAUCAAAUUUUUAUUUAAGUAAGCAUAGUUCCUUUAAAGAUUAAUAGUAUUUAUACUCUGAAAAGAGUAUCAAGCUUAGUUCAGUUAUUUAUUUGUCCAUUAUAUUUUCUAUUGUUUCUUCUUUGAGGGGAAAUGGUGUUGGGUCUCUUGAGGUAGGGGUUUUGGUUUUUUUUUUUUUUUUUGUCACUCAGAUUCACUAAAUUUGGGGAUGGUUUUAUUAAAGUAUAAUAACUUCUUUUUAACCAAAGCUUUCUGAAUAUGACCAGCCUCAGGUGCUAGCGUAUUAAAGAGCAACUAAACCUAAUUCCAGUGUCCAUUUGUGAAUAAGAGCUAAUUGAACUUCUCUAAGGGUGAAGAGAGAAAGUAAUGUGGAACUUAAAAAGAAAUUCUUUUCCCAGAAAGGAUUUUGCAUGGAUGUAAUGCAAAACAAAAACAAAAAUGAUGCUCUAAUCUCAUUAAUAGCUAUGACAUGGUGACAUUGCUUUUAGAGUAAACCAGGACAGAGUAACAUGAUGCUGCUUCUAGGUGUUCCUGAAAGAAAAGCAGGUGAACUUUCAGUGUAAAGUCCACCAACAGUGUAGGAACAGAAUUGUAGAGACAGAGACGUGCUUGGAGAAACUGAGGGAACAACUAUUACUUGGAUCUAAGUUGGGAUCUGAAGCUAAACAA